AUGCUCGACGACACGGAGGGGACUCGAAACUACAUGGUAGCCCAGACCAUGAGAUUCAACGACGUGCUUGACGCAGAGAAGCUCCACGUGUCUUUGUCCAAGCUGUUGGAAAUUGGGGACUGGCGAAAGCUUGGGGGACGACUAAGAUUCAAGGACGACGGGAGGCUCGAGAUUCACGUUCCCAAGCAGUUCACUUCGGAGCGCCCGGCCCUUCUUUUCUCACACGACGCGUCAUGGUCUCAGAUCAGCAUCGAUGAUCAUCCUCUGGGUCGGGAUCUCCCCAGGCCGACCCAAGAACCGUCCAUCCAGCGUGGCGCGGAUGAUUUUCGUGACUUUGCGGCCAGAGCAGACAUGCCCAUGACCAUAGAGGAGAUGAUCCAUCGAGAUUUACCUCAGAUAUCUCUGCAUGUCACUUCGUUCCAAGACGCAACACUCGUUGGGUUAGUAUGGCCUCACACCUUGAUGGAUGCAUUUGGGAUCAAGGCGCUAUGGCAGUCCUGGUCUCUCGUGCUGUCCGGCAAGGACCAAGAGAUUCCACCUGUGCUUGGUGCACAUAAGGACGUGCUCUAUGAAGUUGCAGUAGGCAACGAGGAGAGCCACUUGGUGGAACAAGAAGAGUCCUGGUUUGAAAAGAACCGCCUCAAGGGCCGGGGGCUCGUCAUGUUUGUCCUGCGAUAUGUAUGGGCAGCUGUCAGGGAUCAUGGUGUAGAAAAGCGGACGAUAUACCUCCCCAGGUCGACACUUGUUCAGCUUCAGGACAAAGCAAAGGUGGAGGCUGCAGAGGUUGUCCUCAGUCAGGGCCAAAAGAGUGGCUUCAUUAGCAACGGCGAUGUGCUUAUGGCCUGGGCCGCGCGACUGGUCGCCCUGGCAGAGGCACGUCCCAAGCCAGUCACCAUCAUGGCAGCUGUUAAUGCCCGGCUCCGUCUGGCAUCUAUACUCGAGAAGCCACCUGGAAGUCAAGGUGUGUAUAUGCAGAACAUGGUCUUGGCCUGUUUCGCAUCUCUCGUCGCAGGGCUCUCACAGGGCUCUCUUGGGCCGAUUGCUUUGGAAUGUCGGCGACAUGUUGCGCAGCAAACUACAGAACGCCAGAUGAUAGGCUUGUUGCGCCUGUUCGGCAAGUUGAGAGAUAAUGGCAAGGAAGCAAAAAUGCCGUAUUGUGGAGAGUCGGACGCACUGCUCAUUCUCUGGAACGACUUGACCAAGGUUGAUCUCGUCAACGCAGCAGACUUUAGCCCUGCUGUGUUGCAUCAGGGAGCCAAGGAGGAGUCAAGAAUCAAUCCAUUGGGGACGAUGGUUUACCAUCACCUCCAACGGCUCAAGCCAAACAAAUGGAUGGGGAACACCUUCACUGUUCUGGGCAACGAUCCUGAAGGAGGUUGCUGGAUCAUGGGAAUACUGGCUCCACGAGUAUGGACUGCAUUUCAGAAGGAGUUGAGUCAGAUGUAA